CACUUUGUCCACCACCCACGCUUGGCCCUCCUUCAUCAGAAAAUGGCCGACGCUGACGAUAACGACGAUGUUCUCGGCAUGUCGUCCACCUCUGCGGCAGCAUCUGGGAGUGGGAGCUCGCAGUAUCGCUACACGCAGGAAAUUGGGCAGAUGAUGUUCGUCUUUGGCAAGGUCGAGGAUCCUCCUGUCGAGGUGCUGAGAGCAGUCGAGGACAUAGUGCGCAACCAAGUCAUCCAGAUGACGAUGCAAGCUCGUCACAUCUCACUGCUCCGCCACUCACGCACGAUGUCUCCCGAGGACUUCAUCUUUCUCGUACGCUACGACCGAGCCAAAGUGAACCGUCUACGCACCUACCUUUCAUGGAAGGAAGUUCGCAAGAAUGCUAAAGAAGACGGCGGCGGGCCAGGCGACGUCGACCUCAACAACGUCGGAGCAGAUGAUGCGGAUAUGGCCAAGGCGCAAGGCGGCAUCAAUCGCAAGCUGAAGGUCAAGCUUCCAUGGGAGAUCAGCUCGGUAUACACCGACUAUGUCGUGCCUGGUGCAACGAGCAGUACGAUCAGGACCAUCAACGCAGAGGCGACAGCAGCAGCCGAAGAUUCCGACGGCAAAGUAGGAGCUGAUGCAGCGGGGUCCGCCGCCGUAGCUGCUAUGGACGACGAGCUAGACGAAGACGACGAAGAAGCAAUGCGGGACAGUCUCAAGAGACUCAAGGAGGCGGACGAAGCCACCCUGAAGAUGACCCGCGAGGAGUACGAGCACUACGCCGAUUGUCGUACUGCUAGCUUCACCUUCCGCAAGGCUAAGAAGUUUCGCGAGUUCAUCGCAUCCAGCAACUAUCUCGACGUCAAGCCCAACGACGAUAUUGUUGACAUUUUGGGAUUUCUGGCAUUCGAGGUUGUCAGGGAGAUCACGCUUGGCGCGUGCUAUGCGUGGGAGCAGGAGAGGAGGGAGCAGAGGAAGAUGCUGGCGGGGGAGGAGAAGAGGAGACGAUCGUCUGGCGGAGGUGAAAGUGCGGUCAAGAGGCGCAAGACGGGUAGCGAUGGGAGUGAAAGGGGCGCUGGAACCAGUUCGUCAAGGGGACACAAGUCGAGCGAGGCUGAGCAAGCUAGCCGGGACAUCAAGCGUGAGGAUACUGCGCGAUCAGAGCGAGAUACGGACGUGAGGCGGGGCCGAUCUCGCAUUCCCGUCUCACGGCAUUCAUCAUCGUCACCGACGAAGGAAAUGCGCUCCAAGGAGACCAAAGGGAGCCCCGCAAAGGGAAAAGAGAACGAGGGAGAGAAGAAGAAGAAGGAAGAGGAGGAGAAGCCUGAAAUCGACUAUGCAGCACUAUACCCACGAGGUCCCUUUGGAGGGGGCAAUGCCGAGCCUACGUCCUUCUGCGGCCUCUUCGGCUUCGCGCCAGCGAUGGAGGAGUUGCCGAGCGUCAAGGAUAUGAAGCCAGCGCCUCUGCAUCCCCAGCCACCUGCGAGCAAGGAGGGCGAAGCAGAAGCGGGCGCUACUGCGAAGGAGCGCGAAGAGAGCAGCGGCGAAGGUGAAGCCACUGCGAAGAAGCAAGAUAGUCAAGAAGGCGAAGCUAGCGAGGGCGAUGGCCACGCUCACGCCAAUCGCGAGGUUGAAGAAACGCCCAUACUCCUCCUCCACCACGUCCGCGAAGCUUUCGCACGCUUGCAACGGGACAAGACGACGCCUAUGCUCUCCACUGGUACUAGCGUGGGAGGGCCGAUUGGCGGCUUGAGAAAGUCGAGGCAAUUGGUCAUCUGAGGCCGAGCACCCCAGGCUCUCACUCGCUUUUGUUUUAGUGUAGCGAAUCUCAACGCUCUUGUCUGGCGAUCGCUCGAGCC